CGGUACUGAACCGGUGCACCACUUUCUCUCUCUUGGUACAAUCUUCUUACAUGAUUUUCUUAAUUAAAUUGAUUGUGCAAAUACGUCCUCAACUCAACUCAUGUUUAGCACUGAUGCUGUGAUUUGACGAUGAAAUUUUUAAAGUGAAAGGGUAUCAUUUGUCUUUAUUGACAGGCUGUUUGAAUCGGAAACGGUCCUGGAAGCGGAAUCAAGAUUCAAGUCAUCAAGAACUUACAUUUUCAUUUUGAGGGCAGCAACCUAAACAACUGAUUCGUCUGCAGUGGUCGUCAAAGUGCAGGUCUGGUAUUAAAGUGACUUAAGGCAGAUCAGGACAUCUACCACUCUCCACAGGACCACAGCUCACAAACUAUGUAUCCUGCAGGGGGCCCACCAAGGCAUAACCAAGGAUAUCAUGUGCUUUAUGCCAACCAAGUGAAUCCAGGACAGUGUAUGCCUGGGCCCUUGGUGAGCACAGCAGGAACCAUGCACCCAGCUGUGCAACACAGUCUUUUGGGUCCCCCUCCAUUGCUGCAGCCCAACUUUGCACCAGCUCCCCUGAUGGUGCCAAUGAGCCAAUCCUCCUUUCUACCAUCUCAGCCUCAACCACAGUAUUUAUCCAAGGCUGUAUCUCCAAGCCGUGCCCCUCACCAUACAGAUAACCAGGGUCAAGUCGUGCAACAAGAAAAUUUCCGGAGAGGGGGUUUUCGUGGCGGUUAUGGAUCUUCAGGUCAGUUUUCAACUCCUCGUCUUCCUCCACGCAGUACGGACGGGGGUGGAUUUGCAUCUCAAGGUUCCACCCCAUCUGCACCUCCUCCUCUAUUCCGUCCAGGCCCUCACACAUCUUCAUCCAAAGGAAGAACCACAGAGGACCAGAAACAGCUCAACCCGACUGAAAAGGAAGACCUUUAUCGCAUGUUUGGGGUGGUGCUUCAGCAGCAUGGACCGAUAGAGGUGACUGAUAGCCGGCUCUUGAGCAUCUUCAUGGGACUGUCACCAUGGAUGCGCCAGGGUAUCAAGUACCUUGGAGGCCUGAAGGAGUUCUUCAGACACGGAGACAUCUUUAAGGUUGAUGGAGAUGUCGUCUCGUUGGCCUGGCAAGAAGAGGAGGCAGAAGAUAAACCAAACCAAAGCAAGACAUCCCGCACUUCACCCAUGGCAAGCAAGCCCACGUCCUCCUCACCCUUCAAUCCAAAGUCCUCAUCCUUCACACCAAAGUCACCAUCACCCUUUAAACCAAAGUCACCAUCACCCAUUGGCACCCAGACAGUGGAUACUGAUGAUAAAAGCAAGUCUAAGGAUGCUCCUAAAGAUCGCAAUGUUCAGUCAUCUACUGAAAGUGAUUCUGAAGAGGAUGAUGCAUGUUGGGAGGGAGAGGAGCAGGGCUGGUGGCUAUUAGACCCCCUCCCAGGGGAGGAAGAGAAUUGGAAGGAGAUAUCACCCCUCCAGGGAAGGAUGGGAGGUGGAUACUAUGAUGAUUUCAGAAAGUUAGAAGAGAAAGAUAACAAAGAUCCUGAGGAAAUUCAAAAGAAACUACUGUCUAUAAGCCCUUCCGCCAUUGGCAGUACAACAGAAGAGGAAAAGAAUAAAUCACCUGUAAAUAACAAUAAGGAAAUUCAGAAGAAGUUGGUAUUUACAAGCACUCCCUCUCUUGGUAGCACAACAGAGGAUGAACAGAAGACUUCACUUCUGAGGAACGAUAGCCCCACCCCAUGGAACUGGGAGGAGUCUGCCAUUGCUCAGGAAGCUGAGGCCCAAUUGAGACGAGAGUCGGAGCUAACCCAAGAUGGGCAACAAUCAAGUCAGUCCCCACAGACCCUUGUUGGAGAGAGUGGAAAAAAUGAUGCAAGAUCAUGGCCAUCGGAUGCAGAGGGAUCGACAGGAGGGAGAUCUUUGGGAGAGAAGAGUGAUGGUAGUGUCCAGGAAGAGGAGGGUGACAGGAGGAGCCCAGAGAUGAUCUAUCGAUCUGGGUCCCUUCAUCAGGCAGAAGGUGAUGUUAUCGUCUUGGAGGACAUUGAGGUUAGUGGUACAGAAGAGGAGGAAGGUGAGGUUAUUGGAGGAACCGAUAGUGCCGAGGAGAAAAGUGAUGUCUUUACAGAUGCCCUGGAGGAUGGCCAAGAGGAUGCAGAUACAGUGGGUGAAGGAAUGAGAGUGAAGGAUGAUGAUCAGGGAUCGUCACCCUUCACCUCCAUCAAUGGUAUAGCCCUUAGAGAGGUAGAGGAGCAAAGACCAGAAAGCUGUAUGGAAGAGGAUAUGAUGUCAGAUAUGAUUUCUAAACUUAUCAAUGUUGCCGUCUCCGAAGUCACCAAAUCACAACCCAGGAGUACCACCGACCAAGAGACAGACCAAAACAAACCCAGUUCUAGCCAGGAUUCUCAAAGAGCUGAUGAGGAGAGUGUUUCAGUCAGCAGCACCGAAAUUGGAUUGUCAAAGUCAGUUCGGAGUAUCGGAGUGGAAACACCAAAGCCUCAGCAGUCACAUAAGGCCAUGUGUACCAAAGAAAUCAAAACUACAAGCCGAAAGGUCAAUACCCCUUCAGUGUCUACUUCCAAUAGGCGUGUGGGUACAGGAGAGGAUCCACGUAUAGAGCAACUUACAAGUGAUUUGGAAAAAGAGAAACGCAGACGAAGACAUCUUGCUGAUGAUGCUGAAGGCCUGUAUGACAAGCUUGAUAUGAGGAAAAAGGAGUAUGCUUCCGAGACAGAGGAACUGAAACGCAAACUGGAUCGAACGGCUAAAGAACUAGCGGAUUGUCAACGCAAACUUUCAGGCAAGGGUAUUGUACAGCUUGGGGAAUUACGGAAGACCAACAUGGAACUGAAGGACUCUGAGAGCAGACUGAAUGCAGCAAAAUCAAAGAUUGCUAGAGCUGAGAAGGAAAAUUCCAAUCUCACCAAUGAACUGGAGAAGACCACACGUCAGCUUUUGGAUCUUGAGAAAUCUCAAGCCCAGAAAGUGGCGAGCGGCAGGACCCGUAGUACCUCUACAGGUGGCCUUGAACCCGAGAAGGAUCCAGCCAUCGAGGAAGAGAACAAACUUUUGAAGAUGAGAUCAAGAUCAGCAGAACAAAAGGUGUUGGAGCUUCAGUAUCAGUAUGCCAUGCAGAGUUUGAACAAAGCUCUACAGGAAAGUCAGUACAUCUUUAGAAUGUAUGGUAACUCCCUCUUGAGCAGCUCUCAUCGUGAACUCCUGCGCAUGAAGUGGUCGGAUUACCAGAUGUACAUCAAGGAGAAAACAGAUGAAGUCGCCACGUCUUACUAUAGCUCCCUCAAACAUCUGCAUCAAGAUGUUCCUCUGGCGGACAUCCCUUCGCUAAAAACCCAACAUAUUGAGACAUUCAAUCCUUACAAGCAAUCACCCGUAAAGGCUGGUGAGUUUGGAUACAUCAGUCCUGCUGUUACUGGAUUAGCUGCCCCGCCCCAGACCCUCCCAGACCCCUCCAUGCCUCCUGUCGUUCCCCUCGGAGUGAUGAGUGCUGGAGACGGGCACCCCUCCUUCCCUCUUAAUGCCACUGCUGUGAACACAGGUUUAGCCCCCACCAGUGGAUCCACCAAAGCUCCACCAGGUCUUGCAGGAGCUACAGCUCAAGCUCCACCAGGACUCACGAAGGUGGCAGUAGGGAGUGACCUCGGCAUGCCCUUCAUGCAAGCCCAGACCCAGAGGGGCGCCCCUGGUAAGGUCCUCAGGAGGGUACCACACAAGGCCCCUAAGGCACUCCUAGCAGCAAACUUCAUGUCCUCUCUUCAACAUACCACCAAGGUGUAUGGUAGCACUGCUGCAGCUGCCCCUCCCACUCAACCACAGGUGGGCAUGAUGACUGGUGGACGUGGCGUGGGUGUUGGUGGUGGUACACAAAGUCAAGGCAACGUCCAUGAUUGGUUGGAUAACAUGGAUAUAGAUAACGUUCAGAAUCAAGCGAGUGCUCCAACAUCCAACAUACAACACGCACAAGCAGCGCAGGAUUUUAGAGAGCCCCAUGUCCCUACCCCUAUGGACACCACCUCCACCCAGCCCCAGCCGGAAGGUAUGGAUACCCAGACUACCAGUCUACCGGACCAAGUGAUGAUGGCCCCUCCCAUGGGUGCGGGGGGCAUGACCCGACCAGCUGGUAUCGGGCGGGGCAGACCUCUCUCUGCUGCUGGAAUGAGCUCACAACCUCCUGCGUUUCCAUCGAUGAAGUCUCAGAGGGUGGCUGAGGCUAUGGAUGUUGGUAUGAGACCAAAAGCUGCUGAGACUUUGGACGUUGCUCCCAGACUAGGUGAAACAACCACUAGCAGGACAUCCUCCAGCUCCAACUCCCGCUCUAGCUCCCCGUUCUACUCCCAGCUAGCAGGAGCCAUGGAGCGCCUUUCCCGUCCUCCUGGGUCCAAGCAGAGUUCCCCCUUCAAGUCUGGAUCUCAGGUAGCUGGAGCAAUAGAACGCUUGUCAGGAUCAAAGCGAGGAUCUCCUGCAGGAGCUGUGGCUGGAGCCGAGAGCUUGACCAAAGAUUCCAACGCCUCCAGACCACGCCCCACCAGUGCUGGGGAUGCUAUGUUUGCAUCCCAAGCGAAUACUGAUGCAGCCAAAGCCAGGUCUGUAAGCCUUGGGGGAGGAGGAGGUGUGACCAACCAGGAACCAGCUCAGCCGAAACCCUCAACCAGGAACUUUCAGGCUGCUCCAAACUUCAAGGAAGCUGGAUCUCAUGGUGAUAGCAUGGCCAAUGUGCCUCGAUCCAGGGCUCGUCAGCUGAGGAUGCCUUAUCAUCGUGGAGCUGAAGAGGAACAGGAUGCAGGAGCGUCAAAAGAAGGCGGUGGUGACAAGUGGACCACUCAGAUUAGCAAGCGCAAGCGUAAAGUCCUGAAUCUUGCGGAACAGCAGACGCAACUGAUCAAAGAACACCGUCACCUGACCGGGUCAUGUGUCACCAAAUCUAGUGAACCAUCAAAGGGUCAAGGUCGACCUCAGAAGCAGGGUUCGUUGGACAAACUGGUCUCCUAUCUCUCAAAGCAAUUCAAACAGAUGAGCAGGAAAGAGCUGACUGAUUCUAUUCUGCAGGUUCGUCUGGAUCAUAAUGGAAGCCUGAGUGGUAUCGCCUUGGGAACAAUCAUCUCUGAAGCUAGCAGCUAUCUCUCUCGAGCAGAAAAAAAGAAAAAUAGAAAGGACUCUGAAAUUGUAGGUAUGUGUGCAGUCUGCCAGGGUGAAUUAUAUGGUGACCCUGAUGAGAGGAAACUAGACUGUGGACAUAAAUUUCACUCUAAGUGUAUCAAGACUUGGGUCAAUGAGGAAGGAACAUGUCCAAUCUGCCGUAGACACACCCUCUUUCCAGAGGACUUUCCCAGACUGCAGUGAAGGACCAAAGAUUUCAAAUCUUUCCAUGAAAAUGCUACAUCGAUGUAGACAUGUGCAGGGUAGCUGAAAAGGAAAGAGUUUUAUCUAGAAACAAUAAACCUUGAAUUGUCACCUUGAAUAUGUUUUUUGUUACUUUUGUCAAUCAUUGCCGACCUAAAACUGCCAAAAGAUUAUCUUUCAGUAGAAAAUUGGAGUAUUAAUGUUGUUUUUUGUUACUUAUGUCAAUUAUUGCCGAUCUGAAACAGUGCCAAAAGAUUUUCUUUCAGUAGGAAAUUAAUGUUGUUUCCUUUUUGUUAAACGAGUAUUGUGAUGACAACAUAUAUGAUUUCCAUUGUGUGCUGAAAAGACAUUCCAAAAGUGUUACAUUUAAUAAAAGAGGUGGCAAAAAAAAAAAAGCAAGUUAGAUAUGUUUGAAAGCUAAAUCUGUGACUGUUUGUCUCUGUUGAAAAUUUUGGCUAUGUGAUUUACGACUUGAAUAAACACAACUCAUUUCUAUUCACAACUCAAUUCUAUACACAACUCAUUUCUAUACACAACUCAUUUCUAUGCACAACUCAAUUCUAUACACAACUCAUUUCUAUUCACAACUCAUUUCUAUUCACAACUCAAUUCUAUUCACAACUCAUUUCUAUUCACAACUCAAUUCUAUACACAACUCAUUUCUAUACACAACUCAUUUCUAUGCACAACUCAAUUCUAUACACAACUCAUUUCUAUACACAACUCAUUUCUAUUCACAACUCAAUUCUAUACACAACUCAUUUCUAUACACAACUCAAUUCUAUUCACAACUCAAUUCUAUUCACAACUCAUUUCUAUACACAACUCAUUUCUAUUCACAACUCAAUUCUAUACACAACUCAUUU